GGUAUGGCUUUGUAGAGUUCAAGAACGAGGAGGAUGCAGACUAUGCCAUCAAGAUCAUGAACAUGAUCAGGCUCUUUGGAAAGCCGAUCAGAUGUAACAAGUCUUCACAGGAUAAAAAGACCAACGAGGUUGGGGCAAACCUCUUCAUUGGAAACCUGGAGCCUGAGGUUGAUGAGAAAAUGCUUUAUGACACCUUCUCUGCCUUCGGGGUUUUGCUCUUCGCGAAGGUGAUGCGUGACCCUGACAACGGCGUUUCGCGUGGAUUUGGCUUUAUCUCCUACGACACCUUCGAGGCAUCAGAUGCAGCACUGGCCGGGAUGAAUGGGCAGUUCUUGUGCAACCGACCUAUCAGUGUGUCGUAUGCCUACAAAAAGGAAACAAAGGGAGAGAGGCACGGCAGCGCCGCAGAACGGCUGAUUGCCGCGAACCGCCCAAUCAAGGACACUCCGGGAGGACCAGGAGGUCCAACAGGGCCAGGUGCUGGUGCGCCACCGGUGCGACCGCCGAUGAUGCCGCCCAACAUGCCGCCCCCGCCUGGAAUGGGAUAGAGGCUGAAGUGUCGCUUGUCGCGUCGACGUUUGAGGACUUGAGCUGGAGAAGUAAAUCAGCCGGCGGCGACUUGCAGCAUUGACUCAGGAUGCGCUAAUCAGGCAAAAGAUGCAAA